AUGUCGUCUGUCAAGACGCUAAACUCCAAGGCCGAGGUCAUGGGCCGAGGCGCUGCACUCUUCAUGAAUAUUAAUGCAGCUAAGGGCCUGCACGAUGUGAUGCGAUCCAAUCUUGGUCCUAAAGGAACCAUCAAAAUGCUUGUGGGAGGAUCGGGAGAUAUUAAGCUCACAAAGGACGGGAACGUGCUGCUGAGAGAAAUGCAAAUACAGAACCCCACUGCUGUAAUGAUCGCCAGGACAGCAGUGGCGCAGGAUGAUAUUACAGGGGAUGGGACAACAUCGACGGUGUUGUUGAUAGGGGAGCUCAUGAAGCAGGCUGAGCGAUAUCUGAACGAAGGCUGCCACCCACGAGUCAUAGCAGAGGGGUACGAGCAUGCAAAGAAAGCGGCGCUGGAGUUCCUGGAUGGCUUCAAGGAGAAGCUGGAUGUGGAGGACAAGGAGAUCCUGCGCUGUGUGGCGCGCACAUCUCUGCGGACCAAGCUGUAUGAGGACCUGGCGGACCAGCUGACAGACAUAGUGGUGGACGCUGUCCUCACCAUCCGCAAGCCUGAUGAGCCCAUCGACCUCUUCAUGGUGGAGCUUAUGCACAUGAAGCACAAGCUGGACAAGGACACUCGGCUGGUGAAGGGGCUCGUGCUGGACCACGGCUCUCGCCACCCGGACAUGCCCAAGCGCCUCGACGACGCGCACAUCCUGACCUGCAACAUCUCGCUGGAGUACGAGAAGUCCGAGGUCAACGCCGGCUUCUUCUACAGCUCCGCCGACCAGCGUGAGAAGCUGGUGGCAGCUGAGCGCGCUGUCGUAGACACGCGCGUCCAGAAGAUCAUCGACCUCAAGCGCCAGGUGUGCAAGGAGACGGGGCAGGGGUUUGUGGUGAUAAACCAGAAGGGGAUCGACCCGAUGUCGCUGGACAUGCUGGCCAAGGAGGGCAUCCUCGCGCUUCGCCGCGCCAAACGCCGCAACAUGGAGCGCCUCACCCUCGCCUGCGGUGGCUUUGCGGUGAACAGCGUGGAGGAGUUGGCGCCGGAUGUGCUGGGGCACGCGGGGCAGGUGUACGAGCACAUCCUGGGCGAGGAGAAGUACACGUUUGUGGAGGACGUGCGCAACCCGCACUCCUGCACCAUCCUCAUCAAGGGCCCUAGCGACUACUCCCUCGCCCAGAUCAAGGACGCCAUCCGAGACGGCCUUCGCGCCGUCACCAACGCCCUCGCAGACGGCGCCGUCGUCCCUGGAGCCGGCGCCUUCGAGGUGGCGGCAGCGAAUCACCUGCAGGAGGUGACCCGGAAGGAGGUGGAGGGCCGCGCCAAACUCGGCGUGGCCGCCUUUGCCGAGGCGCUCCUGGGCAUCCCCAAGAUCCUCGCGGAAAACUCCGGCUACGACGCCCAGGACACUAUCAUUGCGCUGGGCGAGGAGGCUGCCAAGGGCAACAAGGUGGGCUUAGACGUGGCGACUGGAGAGCCGCUAGACCCAGUGCUGGCGGGUAUCUAUGACAACUUCCUGGUCAAGCGGCAGAUGCUGCAGAGCGCGCCGGUCGUGGCUUCUCAGCUGCUGCUCGUGGACGAGGUCAUCCGUGCCGGCAUGAACAUGCGCAAGGCGUGA